AACAUCACUAUCGGAGUUUCUGUCUUUUAGGGUUCGAAAUUAGAUUCGAUCGUGUCGCAAGCCUUCUCGAUUUUCUCACCCAUUUUUAAAUUUAUCCUAAUUAUUUCCGCUAGGGUUUCGUUUUCACUUGCCAUUUUCGUCGAUUUAUUGAAAUGGAAGGCCUUUCGCUGCUCUAAUUGUAAAUAAAAUGAGCGAGCAUGUCGUAGGGAGUUUAGAUUGCUUGGAGGGUUAAUUAUUUUUGAGAAAUAUUUAUAUAAAAUUUGGGGGCAAAUGUUUGCUACCAACAUGGAUUCGGCGCGGGAUGUAGGUGGAGCUCCAAGCACGGUGUUGAUCCCAAUGCGGUUUGUGUGGCCUUAUGGAGGCAGAAGUGUAUUUCUCAGUGGUUCAUUUGCACGGUGGUCUGAACUUAUUCCUAUGACGCCGGUUGAGGGUUGCCCCACUGUGUUUCAGGCUAUUUACAGCGUAAUGCCUGGAUAUCACCAGUACAAGUUUUUCGUUGAUGGAGAAUGGCGACAUGAUGAGCACCAACCUUAUGUGAGUGGUGAAUAUGGGUUAGUGAACACCGUUCUCUUGGCUACGGAUCCUAAUUUCUUUCAUCCAAAUGUAACCCCAGAGAUAACUUCUGGAUCUAAUAUGGAAGAGGAUACUGAGGCCUUUCGGCGUUUGGUCCGGAUUACAGAUGGUAAUUUAACUGAUGUAGUACCGAGGAUAACAGAGGGUGAUCUGCAGGGCUCUCGUCAUCGUAUUUCUGUUUUCUUGUCUGCACAUACCACUUAUGAACUACUCCCCGAGUCAGGCAAGGUUGUCGCCUUGGAUGUUGAUUUGCCUGUAAAGCAAGCAUUUCAUAUAUUGCAUGAGCAGGGAAUCCCUUUGGCGCCUCUUUGGGACUUCAGCAAGGGACAGUUUGUUGGAGUUCUAACUGCAUCGGAUUUUAUAUUGAUAUUAAGGGAGCUUGGGAACCAUGGGUCUAAUUUGACAGAGGAAGAGCUUGAAACACAUACUAUAGCUGCAUGGAAAGAAGGAAAAGCAUAUCUAAACGGACAAAUUGAUGGGCAUGGGAGAGCAUUGCCAAGGCGUUUCAUCCAUGCUGGGCCUUAUGAUAAUAUGAAAGAUGUUGUUUUGAAACUUUUGCAAAAUGAGGUUGCUACUGUUCCAAUUAUUCAUUCAUCUUCAGAAGAUGGCACAUUUCCACAGCUAUUACAUCUUGCUUCGCUGUCUGGUAUUUUAAAAUGUAUUUGCAGGUACUUUAGGCAUUCUUCUAGCUCAUUGCCCAUACUUCAAGCACCAAUAUGUGAACUUCAUGUGGGUACUUGGGUUCCAGAAAUUGGAGAGUCAAAUUGUCGGCCAUUAGCAAUGUUGAGACCAAGUGCUUCACUUAGUGCAGCAUUAAACUUGUUAGUGCAAGCUCAAGUAAGUUCAAUACCUAUUGUUGAUGACAAUGACUCUUUACUGGAUAUAUAUUGUCGGAGUGACAUAACGGCUUUGGCUAAAGAUAGAGCAUAUGCACAUAUUAAUCUCAAUGAAAUGACUAUUCAUCAGGCAUUGCAGUUGGGACAAGACUCUUAUUCUCCCUUUGAACCAAGAAGUCAAAGAUGUCAGAUGUGUUUGCGCUCUGAUUCGCUGCAUAAAGUGAUGGAGCGAUUGGCCAAUCCAGGUGUCAGACGGCUUGUCAUUGUGGAAGCUGGCAGUAAGCGGGUUGAAGGCAUUGUUUCACUAAGUGACAUUUUCAAGUUCUUGCUUGGUUAGCUCCUCAAAGCUGUAGUUGAAAAAGGCAGAGGGGGUUUGUUCAGUGGUUCUCGACGCCACCCAUGUCUUCCCAACUGUUCAUUAGAGGAUCCAGUACCUUACAUGGUGACUUGGUCUGGUUUCAUUCAAACAUACAAUUGGAUUGGCCUCAUUGCUUCGCCUAGUUUUUUAGAAUUUUAGGCUGAAAAGAGGCCUGUAAAUUGCGAGGAAUUCGUUUCCUCUGAAAUUUGUUGGUCAUCCCCCUCCCUUUAUUAUUUAUACAUUGUGCUGCUGAUGUAGAUGCGAUGUUACUGAAUAGCAGGUUCCUGUAUUAGUUUUCUGUUGAAAUUAGGGGAAAAAAUGCAGAAAAUGAUGCAGUGGGGGAGGAACGGAAUGAACAAUUGAAGUUAUUGGGUUCUAUGCUUACUUGUUGUCAUGUAAUUGGUUUUUAGGUUCAUCCAUAUCUUCUUGUGGUUUGAUCUUCUUCAGACGUAUUGUAAGUAGCAGGCAAAUGGAGAACUCAAUAAAGUGAACCAUAUCAUGCUGUGUAUAUGCAAGUGUAAUGUUGAUGAGAUUGUGGUA